GUCUCAACCGCCAUCUCCGCCGCCCUCCCUUCUCUUCCUUCCCUCUACCUAGAUUAUUAUAAUUGUCCGUCAUGUCGCCGGCGACUGUUGCUGCCGGCCGUCUCGCGCUUCGUAGCGCCCCGCACAGACUCGCGCUCGCCCCUCGCGCAUCGUCGGUCGUGGCGCGUUCGAAUGCGCGACUGUUUUCUCAGACGGCUGCGGCUCGCGUACCCUCUCUGCCUCAGUUCUCUAUGCAGGGAAAGGUGUGCAUGGUCACUGGUGCCGCGCGGGGUUUGGGCAACGAGUUCUGCAAGGCCUUUGUUGACUCCGGUUGCACGUCUCUAGCCAUCGUCGAUCUCAAGCAGGAGGAGGCGGAAGCCGCGGCAUCCGAACUGGCCAACUACGCGUGCGUGAACAGCGACCUGAAGCCCGAGGACGUGAAGAUCAUCGGUGUCGAGUGUGAUGUUUCGUCCGAGCGUUCCGUUCAGAAGGCGUUCGCAACCGUCACGUCCAUGUUCGGCCGGGUAGACAGUGUCGUCGCGUCUGCUGGUAUCGUCGAGAACUACUCCGCCUUCGACUACCCCUUCGACCGGAUAAAGCGCUUGUACGACAUCAACGUUCACGGCGCCUUCUUCACCGCCCGUGAAGCCGCCCGGAACAUGAUCCCCCAGGGUGGUGGCGCGAUUGUUCUGGUGGCUAGCAUGAGUGCCAACAUCGUCAACAUCCCGCAGCCGCAAACUCCCUACAACGCCUCCAAGGCUGCCGUAAGGCACAUGGCGUCGUCCUUGGGUGUCGAGUGGGCUAAGAAGGGUGUCCGGGUCAACGUCCUCAGCCCGGGUUACAUGUUGACCAAGCUCACGCGGACAAUCUUGGCGCACGACCAGGAGCUCAAGAAGACCUGGGAGAGCCUGACGCCUAUGGGUCGCAUGGGCGAGCCUGAAGAUCUUGCAGGCGCCAUCGUCUUCCUUGCCUCUGAUGCCUCUCGUUUCAUGACCGGUACUGAGAUCCGCGUGGACGGCGGUUACACGAUCAUCUAAACCAUUCUUUAUUCUUACUUUUGCUGGGUGCGGGUUCCUCGACAGCGCGGAUGACUACACCACCGACUGAGGACUCAAUUGUCACCCAUGGAACGGGCGGACGAAUCUGACUACACCAUAUACAUAGAGGUACACUACGCCAAUGACCUGAAUCUAGUCCUUUGCUGUUUGUUGCUUUGCUGUAUCCAUCUGUGUGCUCUUGUCGUUCUCGGGUCUCAAGGGGCUGCUCACUGUUUUCUACAAGGUUUUCUAUAGGGAAUUUAUGUGCUGAGGGAAUGCGCCGGCGUGCAUGGGAAGUGUUUGUUAUCGACGGGGCAGGCGCUUCCUUAUUUGGCAAUCAUUGUUGUUUCGGGA